AAACCAAGAUUGAGACGGAACUAACCAACGUGCGUAUUCAGAACAAAAAGAACAUCGAAAGCGAAGCCAAACGCCACACACACGCAGUGGUGAGUGACGUGCGGCGUCAACUGGCGGCGCUGACUGUGCCCUGUCCAUCGCACGACCUCAAAGAGUUCCGCGUGAACAUCACCGUGGCCGCCAUCACACACUUCGACACGGCGCUGAAGGUGCGACGAAAUAUCUGCCCGAACUUCGGCUUCGGGGAUACGAGCUUGAUGUGCGAUUGGGAGCGAGUGGGUGUUUGUGUUUGGAGGGGGUUGGGUUGUGAGACUGGCUUGGGCGUCGCUGUAGUGUGCGGUGGCUGUGUGUUGGUCAUGGGCUCUGUCGGAGAAACGUUCGGACUACACUGCUGUUGUGACUAUUUAGACAUUGCCAUACCAAUUGAUGUUGCCGGUGUACUUGUAUAA